AUGUCUGGCUCCGCAGGAUUCGACAGACACAUCACGAUCUUCUCGCCCGAGGGGAGGUUGUUCCAGGUCGAGUACGCGUUCAAGGCCAUCAACUCGGCCAACAUCACGUCCAUCGGCGUCACAGGCACGGACUCGGCCGUGUUGAUUUCGCAGAAAAAGAUCCCGGACAAGUUGUUGGACCCCGCCACGGUGCUGUACCUCUUCAAGAUCACGCCGUCCAUCGGCAUGUUGGCCACGGGCUCCAUCGCCGACGCGCGCUCGUUGGCGUUGCGUGCUCGCUCCGAGGCCGCCGAGUUCCGCUACAAGUACGGCUACGAAAUGCCCGUGCAGAGCAUUGCCAAGCGCAUGGCCAAUGUUUCGCAGAUAUACACGCAGAGAGCGUACAUGCGCCCGCUCGGCGUGGCGCUCACGUUCUGCCAAGUCGACUUCGAGGACGAGGCGCGCGGGCCCCAGCUCUUCAAGUGCGACCCCGCGGGCUACUACACGGGCGUGAAGGCCGUCGCCACGGGCCCCAAGCAACAGGAGGCCACGACGCACUUGGAGAAGAAGUUCAAGAAGACCGAGUGUGUCAACGGCGACUGGAAGGCCACGGUCGAGUUUGCCAUCACCGCGUUGAGCUCGGUGCUCGGCACCGACUUCCGCAAAAACGACAUCGAGAUAGGCGUGGCCACGCAGGGCGAGUUCCGCGUCUUGACGCCCGACGAGAUCGACGAGCGGUUGGUCGCCAUCGCCGAGUUGGACUGA